GUACAAGCGUGUCUUUUCAGUUGGAACCCAUGCGAUUACUACAUAUAAUCCCAAUACUUUAGAAGUAACAAAUCAGUGGCCUUAUGGAGACAUUUGCAGUAUCAGCCCUGUUGGAAAAGGACAAGGAACUGAGUUCAACCUCACAUUUCGUAAAGGCAGUGGAAAAAAGUCAGAAACUUUAAAAUUUUCUACAGAGCAUAGAACAGAAUUACUUACAGAAGCAUUGAGAUUUAGAACUGAUUUUUCAGAGGGAAAAAUCACAGGAAGGAGAUAUAAUUGCUAUAAGCAUCACUGGAGUGAUACAAGAAAACCUGUAAUUUUGGAAGUAACUCCUGGAGGCUUUGACCAAAUUGAUCCUGCAACCAACAGAAUACUCUGUUCCUAUGACUAUAGAAAUAUCGAAGGCUUUGUAGAUCUCUCUGAUUAUCAAGGGGGAUUUUGUAUACUUUAUGGAGGUUUUAGUAGAUUGCAUUUGUUUGCAUCAGAGCAAAGAGAAGAGAUUAUCAAAAGUGCAAUAGACCAUGCUGGCAACUACAUAGGUAUUUCAUUGCGGAUCAGGAAAGAACCUUUAGAAUUUGAACAAUAUUUGAACCUUCGCUUUGGAAAAUACAGUACUGAUGAAUCCAUCACGUCUUUAGCAGAGUUUGUAGUCCAAAAAAUAUCACCUAGACAUUCGGAACCUGUAAAAAGAGUUCUAGCGCUUACAGAAACAUGUUUAGUAGAACGUGAUCCAGCAACCUAUAAUAUUGCAACCUUGAAGCCUUUAGGAGAA